GUGAGGGCGCCCGCCUCACCCGGGGUGGUCUCUGCGCCUCUUGGCCCCGCCGCCGCCCUUCACAGGGCCGGGACGGCGAGGGGGACGUACGGUGGGGCCUGGUUUGCAGCCGCGGAGCCCGGGGGGCCGCCUGGGGUGGGAGGCCGCGUGGAGGUGGCGAAGGUGGGGCGGGGUGGUUAACGGAGCAGCGGGCUCCGCGUGCUCGCGGGAGGGUAGCGGCAAAGUGAGGCCUAGUGACUGCAGGAUUCCGGGUCUGGGGAGGAAGAAACUGGUGGGAAAUAGGUGAUGCUCAGAAAAGGGUGCUCAGGGAGAAGGCGCGGGCCGGGGAGUGUGGUUGGCCUCUUAGAAGUAAGGAUUGAUAGGGCUUGUGGGGAGAUCACCUGGGAGUGAAGGGAGGAAGGGCUUGGGGUUUGAAGGUGAAGGUCUCUGGAGAACUGGGACACGUGGAUCUGGAGUAAGAGGCACCUACUGAAACCGAAAGGUGGCUGAGAGAAGGUUUUAUGUGAGGUGUGGACGGGAGGCUGUUGGACUAGAAGGCAUUAGUUGGUUUGUUAGGACAAAGUAUACAAGCAGCAAACGCGGUAGAUUUAUGUGUGGUAGGUGAAGGUUGUGAAUCUUUUAUGAGUAGUUGAGCAAGAACAGUUGUCUGAUUCUGCAGUGUCAGAGAGUGGAGGGUCUCAGGUAGUGUCUUGGUCAGGUUUGAAGGUUAAUUUACUGCUAGUGGAGGGCCAAAUACUCAAGUGUUUUUAAUUCUCACUACUGGGGCUGAUCCUCCUCCUACACUCCACCCCUCCUGCCAUCCCUGUGACAGUUCAUCUCGUUUUGCCUCAGCAGCACAAAAACUCACUCCCUCCGAAGUAAUGGCAUACAUAUUGUUUGCUUUUGACUGGAUGGCAGUCAGGAAUCCCUUAAUUCUUCAUAUUAAAAAAGUGUUGGUUUAAAGACGACAUCAGAAGAUACUCUCAGAAAAUCUGCCCUCCAGGGGAGUUUCUCAGCUGUCAUGUUGGGCAUGUGUAAUAUAGCAUAAAAAUGAUGCAAGAUCUCUUACAGUAACACAAGUGAGAAUUAACGUAUAAAUACAAUCCCGAUGUCUUUUUUUCAAAUUAAUUAAAAAAGUAAACAGAGACAGGGUUUGCUGUCGCCCAGGCUAGCGUGCAGUGGCGAGAUCAUAGCUCGUUCCAGCCUCAAACUCCUCGGCCCAAGAGAUCUUCCCACCGUGGCCUCUCAAAGGCUUGAGAUUACAGGGGUGAGCCACCCCACCCAGGCCCUGUUAUUCCAUACAUUUUCCAUAAAAUUGUUUUAUAAUUUUUGUUUUUUAUUUAUUUUUAUUUUAUAAAUUUGUGUGUGUGUGUGAGACAGAGUCUCGCUUUAUUGCCCUGGCUGGAGUGCAGUGACGCGAUCUUGGCUCACUGCAACCUCCACCUGCUGGGUUCAAGUGAUCAGCUCUUGCCUCAGCCUCUCAGGUAGUUGACACUACAGACACAUGCCACCGCCCCGGCUAAUUUUUAUAUUUUUAGUAGAGGCGGGGGUUUCACCACAUUGGCCAGGCUGGUCUCGAACCCCUGACUUUAAGUGAUCCAUCCGCCUCAGCCUCCCAAAGUGCUGGGAUUACAGACGUUAGCCACCGCGCUGGCCAAAAUUAUUCCAUAAGUUUAUCCAUAAAAAUUCCACAUAAAUUUUCUGGAGUUUGAUUAUGUAUUAGGCUUGUUGGGAAAUUUAUCACCGUUGUGAAGAAUUUUGUAGCUAAGUAGAUUCGGUUUUUUGUUUUUUUUUUUCCACUCAGGAAAGACAUGGUAUGUAUGCAUCACUGCUAUUCUGUUUGAAGCUUUUGGAAUUUUUAUUUAUGGGAUGUGGAUAGAGGCUAGAGGCAGAGACUGAGGUCAGAGAAGAGGUAGUAGAAAAGAAGGUGGCCCACUACCAUAUUUCCAGUGUAUUUAAAUGGGAGAUAGAGUUUCUGAGGGUAGGACAAAAGGUUUGUGAAGAGUUGAGUCAAGGACAGAAGCCAAAGAGAGCAUUUGCUGUGUAACAUGUUUGCUUGUUAACCAGAUCAGCAAAGCAUUUUAACUAAUGGACCAUUAUGUAUGAUCUAGAAACAAUUUUGUGAAAGCGAUUUCUUAGUGAUACUAUUUACUGUGAUCACAUUUGCCCUUAGUAUAACAAUACCUAAGUGCUGACGCGACUUGCAGUAGAGAAGUAAUCUGAGUGGUGUAGAGUGAAUCGGGGAAGGUUUCCUGAAAGAGGUGAGUUUUGAGCCAUCAUGUGAACUAGAAGUUGGGAUGUGGGUUAUUACAAGACAUGAGGAUGACAUUCCAGUAGUUUGUGCUUGGUGUAAGCAACUGUGGACAAGAGUGACAAAUUAAAAAUGGUUUUUAAGGAUAAUUGAAGAUUCGAAUGAAGAUUUAGGGGUUUGGAAAUCAACCAAGUCUAUGUUGCAGCUUAGCUGAUAAAUAAUUUUUUAUGUUAGGAGAGAAAAUUAACAGUUGAUAAUGGAUUGGAGAUAGGUAAUAAAGGAAAGAGCAUAAAAAUAUUAUUUGAUAGUUAUAGGAGAAUGAAGUGAAAGUAAGGUUAUUGAGAGGUAGGUUUAACAGUCAACCAUAUAUCAUAAAUCGGAAACAUUUUUGAGUCCUGUGCUAGAGUAUAUUGAUAAUAAUAGCAAAAUUUAUUGGGUGCUACUUUGUGGCAGACAUUGUUUUGAACCUUCCAAAUAUUAUCUCAUCUUCUGAUUAUCUGUAUUUUAUAGUUGAGGGAGGUAAGACUCAGAGAGAUAUAACUUGCCCAAUGGCACACAGCUAGGAGUGGACAGGUCAGGAUAGGCAGAAUCAGUCAGUAAAUGUUAAUUGAGCAUCUGCUUGAUGCCAGGCACUGUACUAAGUGCUGGGUGUUCAACAUUGACAAGAAAAUUCAGGUCAGACCUCAUCUAUUUUCUAGAGAUUGUCAGUUUAUGUAAGAAGAGCCAGUGAAGAAAGAAAAAGAUUAGUUGGAGAGAUUUCUGUAGCUAGUGAGGAAUACACUAUUUAGAGAAACCUGGGAUAGAGUUUUAAAGAGAUGGUGAUUAGCAACAAAAUAUAUAGCUGAGAGACUCAGAACGAUUGAGAAGAAACCAUUGAGUUAAGUAAGUAAAAAAGUAAUGUGAAUUUAGUCACAAGAAAGCUGGAAUGAAGAUAUUAAUGUUUGGGCUGGUAGUUAAUUGUGUUUAGUGGCAGGUACUCUAUGCAAAUUUAAAUAUUUUCACAGUUAUAGUCAGAUUCAUAGGAAAGAUGAUGGUAUGGCCCCUUGUAAUGUUUUAAUCUUUGGCUGGAAAGAUCAUGGAUGCUUUAAAAUGCUUGCACUUUUUAGUGUUUUUUCAAAUUUAAAAAAAUUAGCAGGCAGACCACCUGAGCUCAAGAGGUCAAGAGCAGCCUGGGCAACAUGGCAAAACCCCUUUUCUACCCCCCCCCCAAAAAAAAUUAGUUGGGCAAGGUGGUGUGCACACCUGUAAUCCCAGCUACUUGAGGGGCUGAGGUGGGAGCCCGGGAGGUUGAGGCUGCAGUGAACCUUUAUCACGCCACUGUACUCCAGCCCAAGUGACAAAGUGAGACCCUGUCUUAAAAAAAAAAAAAAAGUGAGCUUUAUUUUUAUAAUUAGUGGGGACAAGCAUUCAACUGAAAUGAGCUAAUACUCGGGAAAAUGUGGGUAGGCUAGUCUGAACUUGGGGUAGGAGAGAAGAUAGUCUUAUUUCAGUCCUUACUCCGUAAGAGCCACUUUGGUAGGUGUGUUCCCAUCUUGGAAAUGACUGGAUUGUCACUGAUGGAAACUGAAACUGUAUGUACUGAAAGGUGGUAUUUGCUUAACCUGAAGGAUCCAGUUACUAACACACCCUGAAUGGUGGAGAUACAGUCUUUGUUUUCCUGAACAUUUGUUUCCUUAGAGUUUAAUACAUGAAUUUAAGGUUUAAAAAAACCCAACAAACCACUGAUAGAAUUGUGUCAUUUUAACUGCUUCUUUUGGCUUUAUAUCCUUCUUCUUCCUACACAUUGGUUCUAUAGUUCCUCUCAUUAAUGGGUUCGUAACAGGCUUGGAGUUUCAGUUCAGUAAGACAAAAUGGAAGUGCUGGAUUUAGGUAUAGCUGAUCAACUUAAACACUUAUAAAUUCACCAUUGUUUUCGGUUCUCAAUUUGAAGAGUGGAGACAGACGUCAAGAAAAUAAGCUUUUCUUAUUCAAAGAAUGAUUCCCAAACUAGUAGGAUUUGCCCUAGGAUCAGUACAGACUUAUUACAGUCUCCUAAACAGAGAGGAAAGAGUUGCGUGAAUUCGUCUAGCUUUUAGUUUAAUUUCACUUAGCCCAUAGGGAUUCUGAGAGGAAACGAUAUUAAUGUGAUUCCUAUUUCAUCUAGGCACUGUAUCAUAAUCCUUCAAUAAAUUACCACAUUUGAUUCUCAUAUAAUUCUCUAAAAUGUGAAUACCAUAUUACACAUGAGGAGAGUGAGACUCAGAGAAGUUAGUAACUUUCCAAGGUUGGAGAGCUAAGUGACAGAGCUGGGAUUCAGACCUUUGUUUGUCUAACUCCAAAACUCAUGCUUGUGAAACUAAUAGCAAGGAGGACUGAUUUAUACCUUCAAUUGAAAAAAAAUGCCACAAGCCUUAGGUAUUUAGUAACUAUUUGUUACCUUGGAAGAUGAGACUCUUGCUCUGAGUGUUUGUGCUCUGUGACACUGCCUCUAAAUAAAUGAUAGUGAUUUUUUAGUGUCUUAUAGGAUACCUUAUAUUUUCUUGCUUUAGAGAUGUAUGUUUUCAUAUUUUAGAAUUUUUUGAAGAUGUAUAUUGUCUGUAUUUACUUCAAAAUGUUUGUGAAAUGGUUACUAUAUCUUAAAUAUAUCUCAAAAUUGAAGCGUGGCAUAUGCCUAUAGUUUUCAGACAUAAGUAUCUUACCAAUUUGUUGUGCACUUUUUCUUCCCAGGCUUCCCCAUCUUAUCCUAUUAUUUAUUAAAAUAUGAUUUAAUAAAUAAUUGAAAUACAUACUACCAAUAAAAUAACUCAUUCUCUUUCAUUAGUUAACAUUACAGUAUAGAGAAAAGCAUUAUGAUGUAGAAAAUUCAAAUUGGGCCGGGUGCGUUGGCUCACGCCUGUAUUCCCAGCACUUUGGGAGGCCGAGGUGGGCGGAUCAUGAAGUCAGGAGUUCGAAACCAGCCUGGCCAAUAUGGUGAAAACCCCAUCUAGUAAAAAUACAAAAAUUAGCCGGGCGUGGUGGCGCCUUCCUGUAGUCCCAGCUACUCGGGAGGCUGAGGCAGAAGAAUUGCUUGAACCUGGGAGGCAGAGGUUGCAGUGAGCCAAGAUAGUGCCACUGCACUCCAGCCGGGACAACAGAGCGACACUCCAUCUCAAAAAAAAAAAAAGAGAGAGAGAGAGAGAAAGAAAGAAAAUUCAAAUUGAACUGUGAAUCAGCAGAUCUGAGCUUUAAUUUUGGUUUUGUUAGCUACUUGUGUAACUUGCUAGGCAAGUCACUUCCCCUCUAUGGGCUUUAGUUUCCUCAUCUGUAAAAUGGAGGGGGAGGAGAAAUUUUAAGCCCGUCUUCCUUGAAUAGGUUGUAUGCCUUCUUUCUAAUUAAAAACAUAGAUGCCCUAGAUGCCUUUCUUAAAAACUGUAUUACUGCAUUUUACAAUAUUUUCUUUUCAUCUUCCUUCUUUCCCUUCAUAAUUUAUUAGAGAGGAUAAAUUAUUUUUGGUAUCCUACAUGUACCAGGACAGCAUAUCUUAGGAAGUAGGGACCCAGAAAAUAAUGAAUGAGUGAAUAUAUGUUUUACUUGACUUAAUGAAAAAUAUUUUAAAUAAAGUACCGUCAAAAAGAUGUUGACGUUUCAUUGAAAAGUAGUUCUACCUAAAGAAUGAAACGUGUUUAGUAAAGUUCAAUUCGUCUGCUCUGUAUUGGAUAGAUGUACAAAGAAGAAAACUCUUGAACUUGUCUUUAAGAAGCCCUCUUACUAGUAGGAGAGGCAAACUUCUAAACUUUGUAUUAUGGAAAACUGACAGCAAUAAUACACACAUCACCAACUUUAAGAGUUACCAACUUGUGGUCAGUCUUGCUUCAUCCAUACCUCCAUCCACUUCCUUAUUUUGAAGCAAAUCCCUAGACUUUUUUUUUUUUUUUUUUUUUUUACCAGUUGUUACCAUGCAGUGUGAUAAGUAUAAUAAUAGACAUGUUAAUCCAAGUGAGGUGCAAAUUUGUUCAUAUAAAUAUAUUUUGAGACUUGAGCAUUAUACUGUUCUGGGCACGAGAAAUUAGAUAUAGUAAGCUACUGUAGGGCAGGGAUAAUAUAAUUGAAGAAACUAUGUACAUAUGUGAAACAGAAUGUAGCAACACUGGAUCAUGUGCCAAAAUUGGUGGUAGAGACUCUGAAGUGGGAACUGACAUUAUUUUAGAAUGAAAGUAGAACUUAAACAAGUGGCAAUAGAGAGAACAUUCAGGGAUAAGGUGAGGGUAAUCACAUGGAUAAAGCAUGCAGUUAGAAAAUCUAAUUUUGGCUUCAUAGAAUAAGUUAUGUCUAAAUCUAUAUCUCUCUAUCUUUAUCUUUUAGACUACUACAACAUGUAAUUGGCUUAGUGUAGAUGUUAUAUCAGAACUUGAACAAAGCCAAUUGCUGUAGUAGAAAUUAGGACACACUACUUUGUGAAUAUAUCACUGUUCGUGGUUAAUUUUUUGGCACAUUCUGUUAAAAAGCCUUCUAAAUAUCUUAAUACCACAUGUAUUAAUGGAUCCAUUCUUGUUAGAAUGUUUGUGGGUUUGUGCCAUCAGCUUUGGUGUGCAGUUGUGUGUGUGUGUGUUUAACUUAAAUGUUAACUAUUUGACAAUUUUAAGAUUAGUUUGAAAUGUCUAGUUUAGAUCAUUCUUGUCUUACAUGAAAUUUUUUCCAGAAAUGUUGGCAUGAUAAUUCAUGAGAAAUCCUUGAAUUUAGGGAAUUGUUAUCAUUAUAGCUUAUUUUGAAGUAUUCUGAGAAUAAAAUCUUAAAGUAUAUUCCCUAAUGCAGAAAUUGCUUGUCAAAGGUCAUGAACUUCUCUGAGCAUCUCCUCAAAGUGUUGUGCUAUCUCAUCAGAAAAAUGUACAUUCAAAUAUCCUUGGGGGGCCUGUGGAUUCUGGCUUAAUAAUUUAUUCUUUAAUGUGUAGGCAGAAAGCAUACUGCUAAAAUUCAACUCAAUUAUCUUUCUGUGUGUUCUGCUUGCCUUUUACAAACAAGUGUUUUUAAUUAUUAAGAGUGAUAAAAUGAUAAAGCUUAUUGUUGCAAAUGCCUAAUUAAAAAAUUAGACUAAUUCUUAAUUGAAUUCUUGGGGAAAAAACAAGCUGUAGCCAAUUUAAUAAAUAGGAAUUAUUUCACUAAAGAUUUUGGAAUAAGCGCGUGGUACUUUAUUUAUGGCUCCUGUCCAUCCUGGAUUAACAGGAAGUAGAAUAUAUGACAUACGAAUGAAUAAAUGCAUAAAUGCCUUUUUUACCCCAGAAGUAAAAACCUUGACUUACUGUGUCCUUAGGCAGUUAAGAUCUGUGGAGGAAAGGAUCUGUAAAGUAUUUUGAGGUUCACAUCUGUGUUGAAACAACCGGAAGUAAUGCAGGAGCUUAGAAACUGUUUUUGGCUGACAAAGGAUUGAUUCUCAGUGGAGCCCUGAGAUACAAGUGCUCAUCGUUCACUUAGUUUGAGGAAUGGCCCUAAAUGAGUUUCUUAGAAAUAGGUGGUUUUAAAAAGUUGUGGAUUGUAAUUAAAAUGUAAUUAUCAUAAUGAUUAUUAGCAUAAGCAGAAUUCUCAGGAGAUAGGAACAGGUGAAUUAGCUGGUAAUGGGACAUUUGACCCUGCAGAGCUGUGCACAGACUGUUUGAAGUUCAGUGAAUAUUAGGUGAAUUGCUUUAAAGUGAUACCCUUGUGACCUGUUGGAGUUAAUAAUUUUUCAAGUACCUAAUCUACUAGUAGGAAACAACUUAUUCCAAUACAUAGUAAUAAAAAUACAGACUGUGAAAGCCAGAAGAGAUUUUAACAAUCAGUGAUCUGGCCUCUCCUUCAGUGAAUUUAAAGAGUGAUCAGAGAGGUUGACUUGCCUAAGGUCUGUUGGUUAUGGCAAUCCCAACAGCGUUGUUUCUCAUUACCUGAUUUUUGGUAAGUCUAUUGUGCUUAUUUAUUUUGUUUGUCAUUUCAUUCUGGAUCUCAGUAUUUGGAGAAGGAAGUAUAUUAACACUAGGAUUUUUAGCAUGGUAACUAAAUUAUUGGUAAAUUGGCUAAGAAUUCCCUGAAAUGUUAUACCAUAAUGUUUUUACUUUGCCAUCAUAUACUCCUUCCAUCUUUAACAUAAUAACCCAUAGUUACAAGAUUUAUUAGGGUAGGCGUGUUUUAGGAGCUUAAUUCCAUUCCACAGCUGGAAACAGAUAUUAAGAAUCCACAAUUCUUAAAACAUAUUCCUCAUGCUUUUUUAUACCUUUCUGGAGUGAUCUUUGCCUAACAGCAUUUAGUUGCAAGCUGUGUCUAUGAACUUGGCAAAGUUUUAAAAAUAAACUAGGAAAAGAUUUUUGAGAAGAGAGUUUGUUAUGGGAUUUAGUCAUUUAAAUACAUUCCUAAAAGCUGUUUUUUCCCUACUCAAAACUAGACACUGGAAGGAUCAUUGACAUCCAGGUUCAAAGAAGUUACUACUUACAUGGCUGAUCCUGAUUCUGAGUUCUUUUGCCACAUUUGGUUCAUGUGGAAAAGCUGGCUGGGGCUAAGACUUGCCCCGUACAUUAGCGACAUAGCCAGAGUGAGGACCGUUAGAACAGUGCCUGUCAAGCUUUUUUAGUCCUAGCCUUUUAGCUGAGUCAUUCUUUAGCUCAAUAAUUUCUACUUUCUAAUGGAAUAAUAACAAUUGUCAAGGUAUAAGCAUUUUUGGGGAAGAGCUAUAUGGAUGGUUCCUAAUUGAAUCACAAAAAAUAUACUUGUCAUAAAGUCUAGACUAAUUAGAAAACUGCAGGCCUCAAAUCCUAGUGAUGGAAUUGUAUCAGUGUAUUCUCUACAGUUAUAAUAAAAUAACCAAAAACUAAAUUGAUAAUGAUGAGCCAAACCUAAUGGUAAUUUAAUUAAAAGGCAAGAAUAAUGACAAUUGAAAACGAAGACCAAUUAAAGACAACACAGUUUCACUGAUGGCAAGUGCCCCUCUUGAAAGUUACCGACUUCUACAUUUUGAGUAUGCAUAUGUGGUGGGAGCUUGCAGCAUUACCAGUUGCAGCAACUGGAUAUACUAGUAGAAUACAAAUUGAAGUUUUUGGUACAUUCUAGUAAAGUCUUCAUUUUUGCAACUCUUGAUAAGUAGCUUAAUAGUUUAUUCAUAAGUAGCUUUAUGGAUUAAAGGAAGGUCAUGUUUUCUUUUUUUUUUUUUUUUUUGAGACUGACUCUCGCUGUGUCGCCCAGGCUGGAGUGCAGUGGUGCUAUCUCCGCUCACUGCAAGCUCCGCCUCCCGGGUUCACGCCAUUCUCCUGCCUCAGCCUCCUGAGUAGCUGGGACUACAGGCACCCACCACCAUGCCCAGCUAAUUUUUUGUAUUUUUAGUAGAGACGGGGUUUCACCAUGUUAGCCAGGAUGGUCUCGAUCUCCUGACCUUGUGAUCCACCCGCCUCGGCCUCCCAAAGUGCUGGGGUUACAGGCAUGGCCACGAAGGUCAUGCUUUCUAAAUCAUUUGUAGUCACCAGGAGGCUUGGCCCUUUCUUGGAAGAUCAUUACUUUUGAAGGCUGGUUUAGUAAUCCUUGAGCUUCUCAUGAGCAUUGUUUCCCUAGCUGUGUUGGGAAAUUUAUGAAGAGCAGGGCUUAGAUAGAAUUUAGUGGGUUUUUUUGUUUUUGUUUUUGUUUUUUUACCUCAGGACAUUUGUAAUCUUUGAUAUGCUAAUAUACAUCUUUAAUCUGCUUGGGAUAAAGCAUAUAGUUUCUUAGCGCCAUUUACCACAAAUGCUGCCUUGGAGGACUGUUUUUAGGUUCAGCCUUGAGAACAGAUUCAGAAGGCAGGAAUAAGAAAGUGACACAAGAAAAAUAGAAAGAAAAUACAGCAUAUAUAUGAAGCAUACAUAAUUUACCUUUGUUAAUUUUGGGUGAAGCUGUAUGUAGUGUAUAUGUAGUGUUCAGGGUAAAUAUGGUACCUUUUUCUAUAACAUCAGUUUUACUCAGCAAUUUGAAAUAUUUUAUAUAAGAUCUUUAGGUAUAUUGUGAAGUCAAAUUUUAUAAAUUUUUUUAGCAAAAAAGAUAUUGCAAUUCUGUUAUGAAAGUUUGAAAAGCUCUGUCUUUGGUAGUACACUUAAAAUAUUAGUAUAUCUUUGUAUCUUGGAAUACUGUGUUUCACUUCUCUGAGUCUGAAAGUAUUAGGAUAAAAAUUUCAUGUCUUAAUAUGAAAACAUUAUUAUUAAGGUAAAAAGUGAUCAAGCACAAUAGUUUACCUAAAAAAAGAGUCAUGUAUGACUUACGGGAAUUACUUUGUUUAAAAAAACUGUUUUCUUCCCCUAGAAGGAAAUUGAAUACAUGUUUUUGCAAGCAGCAGACUGUUUUUUUCCCCCUCCAAUUUCAGUAACUUAACUUUAGAACUAUUUACUUUUUUGUUAUUUUGGGUGCUUCUUCCUGUUUAUUAUUCAGUGUUCUCAAGCUGUGUGUUAACAAGAACACAGCCCACCUUCUGUAGGCUUUGUAGUAGAGAAGUUACCCUACUGGCUCUGGCCUUAAGGACAGAAACAGAAACAAAGGAAAAUGUAUAUUAUUGAAAAAUUUGUUUUCUGAUUGCAGAUAAUUUUAGUGCUACAAAACGUACAUUUCCUCUCUGAUAGAGUAGAAUUUGACUUUUUAAAGGUGUCUUUAUGUUUGAUUUUUACAUCACUCAGAGGAAUUCUGAAUCUUAUUUUUCUCAAUGUGUAACAUUUCCCAGGAUAGUAAGAUCCUAGAAGCAUUUUAACUCUUGUCAAAGUGCCAUGCUUAUGGAACAGCAUCAUUAUAUGAAACAGUUGUAUAGUGGCCUAAGAACUAAUGAACGUCUUUAGAUUCCUUACUACCGAGAAGUGCCUUAGGGGGAAAGUAUUGGGGAAAAUAGGAUAUAGACAGUUAAAUAUUGGUAAAUCAGUGCUUGUGUAGGCAGACAGAGUGGCCAUUAUAUCUACUUCAAUGGGUACUUACCACAGGGUUGGACACUAGCAUCUUUUAUUGAAAAAAGAAAUGUUAACCAGGAUGCUACAGCUGAUCUUUAUUUGUGGAAAAUGCUCAAUAAGCCUUAAUUUUUGAAAAAGGAAAAAGGAACCCACUGUUAUUAUGAGCUUGACUACACUAAAUAGUUUGUUCACUUUGGGUUUGCAUUUUGGCUCUUUUUUUGUUGCUUAUAGAUUUCUUUCAGGUGAGGUUUUCUUUUUUGAGAUAGGUUCUCACCCUGUUGCAUGGGCUGGACUCAAACUCUUCGCCUCAUGCAAUUCUUCUGCCUCAGCCUCCCAAGUAGCUGGGCACACAGUUGUGUGCCACUGUGCCUGGCUCAGAGGAUGUUUUCUUUCAUGUUGAGUCUGUCUUAGUCCAUUUGUAUUGAUAUAAAGGAAUACCUGAAGCUGGGUAAUUUAUAAAGAGGUUUAUUUGGCUCACAGUUUUGCAGGCUGUACAAGAAGCACGGCAUCAGGAUCUGCUUCUGGUGAGGGCUUCAGGAGGCUUCCACUCCUGGUGUAAGGUGAAGGGGAGCACGCAUCACACAGUGAGAGAGGAAGCAAGAGAGAAAGGAAGAGCUGCCAGGCUUUUUUCAACAGCCAGUUCUUGUGGCUGAGAACUGAGUCAUUUCUCACUAGGAGUGAGAACGCUUAGUGGCAUCAAGCCAUUAAUGAGGAAUCUGCCUGCAUGACCCAAACACCUCCCACCAGGCCCCACCUCCAACAUUGGGAAUCAAAUUUCAACAUGAGACUUGGUGGGACCAAACAAACCAUAUCUAAACCAUAGCAGUCUUAAUCAAAACGUUAAGUGAUGAUUGCAGUUACCAAAAUAUAGUAGAAAAAACACUGGAUCAUUGGUUUUCAAUGCUUCAGAUGGGAAUCUAUCAGAAAAUCUUAAUGGAUAUACUUAGCUCCAGGCUUCUUCAUAGUCUAACUUCUGUAAAACAAGUUGUCUUGCUUUUGACUAGAGGUGUGUCAACUCCAGAUGGUAAUGCUGCAGAACUUUGCUCCUUAGUUCAGCUAAAGCCAGGUUCAGGAGUUCAUAGUUAGUUGAACAUGGGAAAGUUAAUUGAACAUGGGAAUGUGAAAUUCUUGUUCAGUAGAUGAGGUUAUUGGGUAGACAGAAUAUUUCAAAGUGUGAGGUCCAUGAGUCCAUAUUUUUAAAAUGGGUUUUGAGUGGCUAAAAAAAUAGGUAGUAAGAAACAACUCUUCGUUGUACCAUAGUCCUGUGAAAUAGGUCCAACAUGGGUUGGUGGUUGGCAGUCUUAAGAGUAACAGGCAGUUACUUUACUUGAUGCUGUUUGUGACAGACUGUAUUUUCUAAGGAUGGUUGCAACAAUAUUUUCCAUCGCAUGUGUGUGAGCUUGUACAGACUGUAACUGUUCUCUCAUUCUGAGGUGGGAUUUAAGUCCCUUGAAUUUGGGCAGUCUUGUAAAUCAUUUGUAGCCAAUAGAAUGUGGCAGAAAAUUACACUGUAUGACUUCCAAGGCUAGGUCAGAAAAGGCAAGAGAGCUUUUGCCUAGCUCACAAGAAUACUGGUCUUUAAGCCAUUAGCAGCUUUGUAAGCAUCUGACUAUUCUGAGGUCCCCAUGCUAUAAGGAAGCCCAAACUAUCUCAUGGGGAAAAUUGAAGAGGCUAAAGUCCGGAGUUAGAACCUUUCAGCCAGAAUUGCUUAGCUGAGCCCUUUACAAAUUCCUAACUCAUAAAAAUUGUGGAAGAAAAUAAAAUGGUGGUUGUUUUAAAACACUAAGUUUUAGAGUGGUUUUGUUACGUAGUGAUAGGUAGCCAGAAUACUCCAAUACUACUUUCCCAUCCGUACUUUUAAAUUCUGUGCUUUUUUUUUUAUUAUUGUAUGAAGUUUUUGAACAAAGUAGUGGGCAAGAGUUUCUCUGAGUUUGUGACAGGAUUAUGUUAUGUGUUCUUCUUCACUUGUAGUCUUUUCUGCAAAAUAAUACAGCCCAAGCCUCAUCCUUGCAUAUCUUUAAUGGGCUUUCCUUUUAGAAAUACAAAUUUUAAAAAAUAUAUAUGUUGAAAAAGGCUAUAGGUCAUGUCGUCCUUUUGCAUUCAGCCUCUGGCAUAUCUAUAUUUCUGAAGCCUGGCAUUAAUGUGUUGUUUUGUUUACGAAGAUAUUAUUGUAUCAAACAAGCAUUUAUUGCCCAUUUUACAGUGUGGCAGUAACAAUAGUAGUAGUGAAAUCAUAGAUAACGAAUAUUUAGACUGUACUGCUUUCCCAUUGAUGUCUUUCUCAUUUAUACUUCAUUUUUCUGAAUGUUUGUGGAAUAUUGGAAAUCAUUGUUUAAAACAGAGGUUGGCAAACUAUGGCCUGCAAACUGUCUUCCUGUUUUUUUAAAGUUUUAUUGGAACACAGCCACACCCAUUCAUUUAUUUAUUAUCCAUGGCUGCUUUUCUGGUACAGUGGCAGAGCUGAGAAGUUGUUGCUGAGAUUGUAUGGUUCACAAAGUGGAAAAUACUUGUUAAUUGGCCCUUUACAGAAACCUUUGCCAGCUCCUGGUUUAGACUGUUUCUUAGUUGAUUAUCCUUUUUACUUUUUUAGUUUUUUACUUUUGAGGCAGGGUCUCACUCUGUCACCUAGGCUGGAGUGCAGUGGCGCAGUUAUGGCUAACUGUAGUCCCAACCUCCUGGGCUCAAGUGAUCCUUCCACCUCAGCCUUCCAAGUAGCUAGAAUCACAGGUGUGCACCACUAUGCCUGGAUUAGUUUUGUAUUUUUUUUUUCAAGAUGGGGUUUUGCCUUGUUGCCAAGGCUGGUCUCAAACUCACGGGCUCAAGCAAUCUGCCCACCUUGGCCUCCCACAGUGCUGGGAUUAUAGGCAUGAGCCACUGCUCUCGGCCAGUUCCCCCUUUUAAAGGACAUUUGAAGUUAUUUUUUCUUUUACUUUUAAACUCAGGCAAUCUAAUGAAUAUUAAAAGAUUAUUUAACAUAACUUUCUAUCUGCUGCUUGAAUUUCUUUCAGUACUCCUACCAUGUGGUCUUCCAGCUGAAAGGGAUAAGAUAAUGAGAUAAGCAGAAUUAAUUAAAUAAUGACAGCCGGGAGUGGUGGCUCACGCCUGUAAGCCCAGCACUUUGGGUGGGAGGCUGAGGCAGGUGGAUUUUUUGAGGUCAGGAGUUCGAGACCAGCCUGGCCAACAUGGUGAAACCCCGUCUCUAUUAACAGUACAAAAAUUAGCUGGACGUGGUGGUGGGUGCCUGUAAUCCCAGCUACUUGGGUGGUUGAGGCAGGAGAAUUGCUUGAACCUGGGAGGCGGAGGUUGCAGUGAGCCGAGAUCACGCCACUGCACUCCAGCCUGGCCGACAGAACAAGACUCCGUCUCAAAAAAAAAAAAAAGAAUUAAUGACAAAGAUAUAGCUGUGUUAAACACAGGAAUUGCACCUGAUUGGGAGUAAAAAAAUAAAAACACAGAUUAAAUACUAAUAUUUUGUUAUUUGUCCAUUUGCUCAAAACUGUCUCUCCAUUGGUAAGUUUUUUGUUUUUUUAAACAAUUUUUCAUAGAGAUGGGGUCUAAUGAUGUUGCCCAGGCUGGUCUUGAACUCCUGGCCUCAAGUGGUCCUCCUGCCUGGGCUCCCAAAGUGCUGGGAUCACAGGCGUGAACAGCUGUGCUUAGCUUCAUUGGUAGGUUUUGACUUUGAAUUUGUUUACUUGCAGAAGGCACAGAAGAGCCAAUUUUAAUAGAAAAAACACAUAAAUGGGCCAGACUUCCAGGUAUAGCUAUAGGUGGUAGAAAUUUUUAGGUAGUUGGAUUUAAUAGUUAGAUAUUCAAUUUGAGAUUUUCCAUUGCAGUACUUAGUUUCCCUAAAUAAAUAUGUAGCAGCUAAAACAUGGAACUAAGAGUCCUUACAAAUACACUUGUUGUGAGUUACUGGGUUUGUACAAUAAAUGAUGAUACAGAAAGAUGCAUACAAGUAGAGCCAGUCUAGACUUGACUGCAGUACUAUAUUGGGUAUUGUACUAUAUUUGUAUAUUCCAUGUACUUUAUUGCUUUGUGAACAUGGUGAACAUUGUGAAUGAGGUGUAUCUCGCAGGAGAUAGAAGAAGGUACAUCCAUUUCCAAGAUCAACAUUAUCUCGAGAGGGAAAAUAAUUUUUUACAUUCCAUCCAGGAAAUCCAUCCUGUUAGAGUCCUGUUAAUUAUUUGUUUCAUACAUAAGUAACUAUCUAAUGUUUUUAAUACAUUUUCCAUCUAAUAAAGAAAUGGAAUGAAUUUAAGUAAUAAAGAUUAGUAAAAGAAGGAAAAUACAGGUUGAGCAUCACAUUAAAAAUUUUUAGACUAUUUCUGAAAUAUUACAGAUCAGACUGACAGCUGAAGGACCAUACUGAGAAUCAUUACCAUAGAAAUAAAGGGAAGAUGCAUAAGGAAAUGUAAUUGUGUGCCCAGUCUUUUGUGUUUAUCUUCACAAAAAUGCUGUAAGGUAGAGUUGGGUGGGUUGGGUGUUUUAUCUGUAUUUUAAAGAUAAAGAAACUGCAGACCCAAACAGGUAAGCAAGCUCAACAACACGAUAAAUAGGUGAGUUCAGAUUCUAACCUAAACCUGCUAGACUCGGAGUCCCAGGGAUUUCUACUGUGUCUUGGCACCGGGUUAUCUGAAAGGCUUGUUUCUAUAAAGGGCCUACCUUAUUUAGGAAGGAGAGUUUAUAAGCUGGGCCCCACUUCAUUCAGUAUUGAAAAUGUUUUCACUAAACAUUUAGUUUCCUAAUAGCUCACUAGUCUGUGUACUUUAUUGCUUUGUGAACAUGGCGACCAUUUAAGUUUAAGGCGUUUAAGUUACAAUGUAUAUUUUCAAACUGAAGUGAUCCAUAGGAUUACCUUGGUAUAGGUAUUUGUAGAAACAUGUUUGAAUGUAUUAUUAUUCUUAAGCAAGACCCCAAAGCUUCUUGUUUUCUACCUUACCUUAUUAACUCUACUGCCUUGGGGUUUUUUUAUUUCUAAUAUAUCAAUAAAAGAUUCUAUCUAGGUAACAUCUCUCUGUGGGUCAGGUAGGGUGGCGUUGGAAAUAAAGUCACUGAUCUUUGAUAUGUGCGUCUUACCUGAAAAUGAUGUCUUUUUAUUCAAAUUGAUAGUGUCAAUAAUUAAAUCCACCUAGAAGAUGGUCUUCUGAGUAGUGUUCUAAGGUUGACAGUAGACCACUUGUUUUUUCUCCCUCUUGUUUUGGCUGCCUCUGGACAUGGCCCUCAGGGAAAUCCUGGUAAAGUCUAAUUGCCUUUAGAUUUUAACUACCUGAUUUUUUUUGUUUUUUGAAAUGCAAGGUCUCACAUAUUUAUUAUUGAACCCAGCCAACUGGCACCUUCAUAGCACAUACAGAGAGAAAAAAUAUAUUCCCAAUAAGACAUGUCCAACUGUCCAGAUAGUGGUGACAUUUUCAGCUUGAUACGGUAACAUGGUCGUGACCUUGACAUAGCGUAAGUAUGUGUGCCAUCUCAUGUGCAAUUCUUUAUAGACCCAGUCUGGUUCUUCUCCAGUGUCUCCUUUUGGAGUUGUACCUGAUUUUAUUACCAGUUUUCAUCUAAAUCCACUGGGAAUAGGACAAUUUUUUGCUUUUGUUUCUUGGCCAGGAAAUGCUUAAUCCGGAAACUCUUGUGAGAAGACAUGGUGAGAAGCCAAGUCGAGCACACACAAUGAUGGUGGAGAAAGGAAGAGAGAGCCUGAAUUUUUUAACAGUAAAAUUUCUAUUCUGAGUUGCUGGUUUGGCCCAUCAACUUUUAAUGCAAUGAUGUGGAAUUUUUAAGGAUUCUUAGCAAGAGUUUGUCUAAUUUCAUAUGUUAAAAUUUUCUGUGGAGCAGAUUUUUGUCCAUUGUAUGCAGUUAGUAAAAGCUGAGGCCUUGUAGUGGAGACUGCUGUUGUUUCCUCCUGUCGUGAGUCAUACAACUUUAGAACUGGGUAGGACCUUCCAGAUCAUCUAUUUUAACCCCUUCACUUUCUCUGAACUUCUCUUCUAGUGCUGUGCACUCAAUUCUCAUUCAUGACAUGAUGCCUUGAUCUCGCUGAAGGACAAGUAGAAACUUUAUGUGCCUUCUCUAAAAGUGGGAUUUAGUUAGAAGAUUUGGUUCCAAUUUCACCCUACCCGUAUAGACGUGCUGAGGGACCUUAGGCAAGAAAAGUUAUUAAGGAGACUUUUGGAAAAUAGUAUCUGAAGGCAUGAGAGAGAGACAGUUUGUGCUAAAUAAAUUUUUCUUUCCAUUUCUUCCCUUAACUAUGUAUUUUUCUCAUCACUGGUGAGUCUUCUUUAAAACUUCAUUCUUAUUCUACCUGGCUGGCCUAUGGAAUUUCCUCUCAUUUCCUUUCCCCAUACCCCACUUCUUAUGUAUUUGUUCGUAUUUGUCUUACUGCUUAGCAAGUAUCCGAAAUAAUCAGCUAAUAUUAUGUUAAAAGUUUUAAUUAAUUUGAGUUGUUUUAAAUUCUAAUACAGAAAAAGGAGUUCUCAUUUCUUGGCACCAAAAAGCUGCCUUUUUAAAAAAAAAUAAUUUUUUGUGCUUUUUAAAAAAUGACUAGUCAGGUGCGAUAGUGAGAAGAAGGGAACAAGUAGAACAAAGAGUCAAUCUGUAACUGUGAACAAUCAGUUGUGGUAACUCACUAUCUUCGGACCAGCUUUACACUUUUCUGAUUAUUGGAAUACUGCAGUCUCUCCUUUUAAUUGCUUUAUCUAUUUAAAAAACUCUUAUAUUAAAAGUUGGAAAUGAGAGGAUCUUGUCUUUAAUUACCCAGAAGUUUCUAAAAUUAAUGAAACAACAUGAUUAGCCUUCCAUUAAUAUUAGGGCAUUUAUUAAGAGAAUACAAUCAUGUUACAGAAGUGCAGGUUUAUAUUGAGUGGGGUGUUACCUUAGAAGUUCUCUGUGAUUCUCCAUUUGUGGUCAUUUCAGGCUCUUUUGGCCCAUGAGACCCGCGUGUUCUUUUGCAAAUGAGGAAACAGGUUCAGAGUAGUAGCUUUAUCUUAGGAUCUCAUAGCUGCUAAGUGGCAGAGUUUGGACUUGAACUCCUAGCAAGUAAAUAUAUCUUAAGUAGCUUUGUAAUAUGUUUCUCUUAAUGCACUUAUAAAUGCAAAUAUGUGAUAAUAUUUUUUUACAGCCACUAGGAAAACCCACUUUGUAAGUAAGCCUAAGUGAAUUCCUUGAAAAUAAUGGUGAUAUAUGGUACUCAGCAUUUUGCUGAUCUUCAGAAAGAUUUCUGCUUCUUUAACUUGAGUCAAAAGAUAUGGUGUGUUUUGAACAAAAUAGCUAGCUACGACUGCUAGGUGAUAUUUCCUAAAGCAGCUCAAGAACAGUGAAAAUAAAUGUAAAUCACCUUUCACAGUCCUGUCGUCCCCUUCCCCAAGUGUGUGGGAAUGCUAAUGCUGCAGCUUUUCUCAUAUAGCAGUGGUGCAGCUACUUCUCAACAGAUGAUAGGCGCUUGUAGAUGUAGCAGGAAUCUGAACAGCAUGCUCUGGAAGGAUUGUCAGCAUUCCUUUCAUGGCUUUUGCUUUUCUAGUUGCUUCUGGCCACUCUGGCAGGACUGUGGAAGAUAGGACAAGUCUGAACUUCUCUUAAAAGAACUCUCAUUUUUAUUGGCUUUGCCAAUAAGUUUGUAGGGUGAAGUGUUUUGGUUGGAUGGGGAAGCCAAGAAUACAUUUCUUUUCAAAUUAGUGCAGCUUUCCUUUGAGCCAGAGGCAGGGUUUAAAAAUAUUUGGUGCUUGUAAAGUUUUUGGUGGCAUUAUGCUAAGUUGUGGGAAUUGUUUUUUUUUCCCUAGGAGGAAAACUGCGUUAAGUCAUUAUAGUAGUAUAAAAUCACUUGUUAAUAGCUUUGAAAGAAGCCGCUUCACUCUACAACUCUCUUAGCAAGCAAUCUUUAUUCUGUUAGGCUUGAAGAGAAUUAAGUUUGGUAAAAAUUUUCUGCUAUUUGGUGGUGACAGAUUAGCUGUUUAGGCUUUGGUAGGGCAGAUAUCUUGAUAACUGAAGGAAGUACAUCAUUUUGGUUUUUUUUUAGGGUUGAACUAAUCACAGGCUGUAAUUUCUCAAUUGUUAGAGGGAAAACUGCUUAAUAUCUUUCCCUGUCUUACAUGCAUAUGUACACCUAUGGAAAACUUUCUGGUGCCUGGUACCUAGUAGGUCCUUAAUAAAUAUUUGUUGAAUAAAUUUUUACAUAAGAAAAAAAGCUCAAAGAAUUAGUUGUUCUAGGUAUGUUCUCAGUAUACUAUUUAAUAUAUAUUGAGUAUGUAAUUGUCAUUAAUACCUACUCGUUAGGAAGUAUAUUGAUGCAGAAUUAUUCUUCAUAUCUCCCAUAUGAGGUUAUUGACAUCAAACCAUUUUAUUUAUUAAUUUUUUUAAGAGAUGGGGUCUUCUGUGUUGCCCAGGCUGACCUUGAACUCCUGGGCUCAAGCGAUCACCUCUCCCUCAGCCUUCAGAGUUGCUGGGACCAUUCAUUUGAACUUCAAUGCUCUGUAGUUUUAAUUAGGCUUUUUGUCACUGAAAUCUUGAAAUAGUCUCAAACCUGAAGUAGAUUAUAAUGAAGGUAACCAUAUAAUUUAUUGUGCAAACUGAGACACUUCUGAGAAAUUAAUCAAAAUUAAGUGGGAGCAGCAUGUAUAAACCAGGCUUUUUUCAGGCAAACUAGGACGUAUGAUCACCCUGUUUGUUUUUAUUUUUCAAAGUAAAUGUUUUAUCGAAAUACAAUAAAUUCAGAAAGUCCAUAUAUUCUAAGUGGACAGCUUGAUGAAUUUUUAAAAAGUCAGCCUCCCAGAUCAAGAAUAGAACACGACCAGUAUCCCAGAAGUCUCCUUCAUGUUACCUUCUGGUCACUCCCUCUUCUUCCCUGCAAGACUUUUGGCCAUAGGAUCAAAAUGGUUUCAAUCCCAGAAUACUAUGAAGGCAAGAAUGUCCUCCUCACAGGAGCUACCGGUUUUCUAGGGAAGGUGCUUCUGGAAAAGUUGCUGAGGUCUUGUCCUAAGGUGAAUUCAGUAUAUGUUUUGGUGAGGCAGAAAGCUGGACAGACACCACAAGAGCGAGUGGAAGAAGUCCUUAGUGGCAAGCUCUUUGACAGACUGAGAGAUGAAAAUCCAGAUUUUAGAGAGAAAAUUAUAGCAAUCAACAGCGAACUCACCCAACCUAAACUGGCUCUCAGUGAAGAAGAUAAAGAGGUGAUCAUAGAUUCUACCAAUAUUAUAUUCCACUGUGCAGCUACAGUAAGGUUUAAUGAAAAUUUAAGAGAUGCUGUUCAGUUAAAUGUGAUUGCAACACGACAGCUUAUUCUCCUUGCACAACAAAUGAAGAAUCUGGAAGUGUUCAUGCAUGUAUCAACAGCAUAUGCCUACUGUAAUCGAAAGCAUAUUGAUGAAGUAGUCUAUCCACCACCUGUGGAUCCCAAGAAGCUGAUUGAUUCUUUAGAGUGGAUGGAUGAUGGCCUAGUAAACGAUAUCACGCCAAAAUUGAUAGGAGACAGACCUAAUACAUACAUAUACACAAAAGCAUUGGCAGAAUAUGUUGUACAACAAGAAGGAGCAAAACUAAAUGUGGCAAUUGUAAGGCCGUCGAUUGUUGGUGCCAGUUGGAAAGAACCUUUUCCAGCAGGGAAAGGAAUUCUUCGAACAAUACGUGCCUCCAACAAUGCCCUUGCAGAUCUUGUUCCUGUAGAUGUAGUUGUCAACAUGAGUCUUGCGGCAGCCUGGUAUUCCGGAGUUAAUAGGUAUAUGAGACCAAGAAACAUCAUGGUGUAUAAUUGUACAACAGGCAGCACUAAUCCUUUCCACUGGGGUGAAGUUGAGUACCAUGUAAUUUCCACUUUCAAGAGGAAUCCUCUCGAACAGGCCUUCAGACGGCCCAAUGUAAAUCUAACCUCCAAUCAUCUUUUAUAUCAUUACUGGAUUGCUGUAAGCCAUAAAGCCCCAGCAUUCCUGUAUGAUAUCUACCUCAGGAUGACUGGAAGAAGCCCAAGGAUGAUGAAAACAAUAACUCGUCUUCACAAAGCUAUGGUGUUUCUUGAAUAUUUCACAAGUAAUUCUUGGGUUUGGAAUACUGACAAUGUCAAUAUGUUAAUGAAUCAACUAAACCCUGAAGAUAAAAAGACCUUCAAUAUUGAUGUACGGCAGUUACAUUGGGCAGAAUAUAUAGAGAACUACUGCUUGGGAACUAAGAAGUACGUAUUGAAUGAAGAAAUGUCUGGCCUCCCUGCAGCCAGAAAACAUCUGAACAAGUUGCGGAAUAUACGUUAUGGUUUUAAUACUAUCCUUGUGAUCCUCAUCUGGCGCAUUUUUAUUGCAAGAUCACAAAUGGCAAGAAAUAUCUGGUACUUUGUGGUUAGUCUGUGUUACAAGUUUCUGUCAUACUUCCGAGCAUCCAGCACUAUGAGAUACUGAAGACCAAGAAUUCAGCAUUAGAACAUCUAUACAUAUGGUGAUCUAAAUGUACAAAAUGUAAAAUGUACUUAAGUCAUCUCACCUUUUGUCAAGACAUUAAACCAUCUUAGAUCGGAGUGUGAAGUAAAUUAUGGUAUAUUUUAUGUAACAUUUUAAUGUUUAUGCUCAUAAAACUUAGUGAACACACUGUGUUAUGCCAGCUCAAAUCUACAGUAGCCACCAAAACCAUGACUUAAUAUUUUGAGCCCUAGAAGAAAGGGGUGUGCUGAGGACAAGAGUGGGGAAAUAGGAACACUGACCAGUAUAACUGUGCAAUUCUGGAACAUAUUAAUUAAAAUAUGCCUUAAAAUAUAGUGAAUUUCUAAUUCUAAUGUUCAGUGCAAUGGAAGACAUUCAUUUGGACAGUAAUACUAGCUAAGUUGGUAGAUAUUUGAUUCUUCAGUGUUUUUUUCAUUAGUUGAAGUGGGUUUUAGUUUUGUUAAAAUUAUAACCAACCUAUUUUCACAUCAUUCUGUAAGUUAAAUGGUAUCAAACAUGAAAGACAUGUUCUCAUUUUUCUUUUUCUUAUUAAAUGUCUGAUGCAUAUCAUUUUUCUAUAAGCAAUCAGUUGCUUUUAAAAUCAGAAGGCUAUAUUAUUCUAAUGACUCUAUUCGAUCUAAAUGGGUUUGAGAAUCCAUAUCAGCACCAUAACGUGUUUUUUGACAGAAAGUGAAAACAAAUUCAGUAAAACUGUUAGUAUCAAAAAGAAUAGGAAUACAGUUUUCUUGUCCACAUUAUGAUCAAAUAAAAAUCUGUGAGAUUGUUUAUGUUUUGAAGCAGGAGGAUUUCUUGAGACUUUGAUGGAAGUGGGAGUUGGGAGGGAUUCACCAUGCUUGUGUUCUCCUCCCUUCAUAAAUUUUAUUCAUAGGACUUUUAAAAGGCUUGUGCUAUCUUUCCAAUGAAAACUGAAAGUGCAUUAUUAUGGAAGAAUGUAUUUGCAGGUAGUAAUAACAUUUAAAAAAUGUACUCGUGUGUAAACACAUACUAAUUUUGACCUUGAAAGAUGAAUUCCUUCAAGAAAAAUAAAAUAAUGCUUAAGAUAAUGUGUACGAAAUUAAAUAAAGGACUUUAUUUACAUACCACAUAAGGUAGCAAACUGUUGAAUGAGUUUGAAGGUAUCAUUUAUUUUUUAUGCAUGUGGUUUUAGCUUUAGAAAGAAAUGCAUUCUAGAAACAAUAGCAAGAAAAUUGAUGUAUAUUUUAAUGAUACAUUAAAAUUCCCUUUUAAUCAUAAUAGUUAACCCUACUUACUGUUUUAACAUACAUUUGAUUUAACAAAUUGUUCAGCAUAACACUUCUAAUUAAGUUUAUCAAGUUGUACUGUAUUAAAUAAUCAGCAGUGUAUCUGGAGUAUGUUUAAAGAGAACAGUUUGCAAUACAAAAAGUUACAUGGAGCUUUACAUCUUAACUUUGUCAAUUUAAAUACAAUGUAUAAGAAGUUUAUUUUGCUAUUGUGAAAAACUAAAUGUAAAGGAAAUCACCUACUUUCAUGCAGGUGUAUAAUCUUAAAAAGGAAAAAUGCUUCCAUGUUGAAGCCAGAUUUUCUGUAGUAAAACUUUUAAAUAUUAUUUUAAAAGAAAUAUGUAUAUAAAUAUCUCUAUAUUCUUUGGAAUGAUAUUAAAGUCUCUGGUCUAGGACCAUACCUUAUAUAAAGGUAUAAGAGACCAUGACAAUGUCUGAAAAUGGAAUAGAUAAUGAUGCCUUUUAUUUAAAGUGGCCCACAUAAUAUACAUUUGAGUACUCCAUCUCUCCAAAUGUAUUUCCAUAAUGUGUUGAAAACAUGCUAACAUUUGUAUGAUUUUUAUACUUCUGCUGAAUAGACUUAGAUGAAUUGUCUGUGUGUCUUGCAAAAGAGUUGGGGACAACUUGGGCAGGCCUAUGAAGUGCAUAAGGAGUAUAUGUCUUCUGAACGGUUUUAUUCUUGUAAUCUAGCUUAAAGAAAUGUUAACUGGGAGGGUGCUGAGGCCACUGCAUUAAUUUGUGUAUUGAGUUCUGUUGUCAAAAGAAAACUAAUGAAUAAAUUAGUUUGUCAUUCUAGAAUUUAAAGUUCUAAGAUUAGUAUAAAGAGUAUAUAGAUUGUUAAUCCCCACCAACUAGACUUUGAACUUAAGUCAGACUUAAAGAUUUGAGAAAUUAUUUGUGUCAUUUACUAGACGUGAUUUUUAGUUCUGUUUGAUUAUAUUUCAUACACAAACUUCUUAUUUAACAGGAUAGCCUACUGAAUUAAAUGUUUCUUAUUUCAUUUAACUCAUUUGAUUAAACUGUAUUCUAAAACAUUUGGGGUUUUUCCCCCAUUCAGUUUUAAUCUUGGAAUAUGCAUUUGUAAAUUGUGAUGUCAUUGAAACUAUAUUUAUAUUUGACUUGGCAACAUUAACAUGUCCUAAGACUCAGUGCAGAGAAGCUUGGCAGUAUGUUCUUUGACUUAAGGAUGGCAUAAAAUAAUCAUUUUUGAACCUGUGUAAUAAAGCUUGAAAGCAGGGAAAAGAAUUUCCUUUUCCCCCUUUUUUUGUGUUGUCUGUAGGAAUUAACUUGGGAUUUUUUGUUUUGUGGGGGUUUUUUUGUUUGUUUUAAAUGUAAAUUGAGAAUCUUUUAUAAGAAGUAAAUAAAAGCAUUAUUGGGUGCCUUUGUUUGUAAACCAAAAAGUAAUAAAUGAAUCCCUAUAUUUCCAUUAUAGUAUUUAUUGUAUUUUUAUGUUCUGAAAAUUAUCCAUGGAACAAUAUGGCUAGGAUUACAGGAAGCAGUCCUUAAUUACACUUCUUGUCUGUUUUAGGUGUACUUGUUAAUUCUUAUGUCCUAAUUUUAUUUAAUUCUGAGUUGUUCACACAGCAUUUUAGGGAAAGCAUACAGGCAGGAUGAACACUUUGUGUUAAAGAAGUGUUAUUUUUAUGUAUUACCUGAAAUGAGGCAGGUUUUUUUCUGUUUUCUAAAAAGUAACCAAGAUACCUCCAGGGUGUCAUUAGGUUCCAGCUGCCCUCCUCCACAUUGAAUGAUAUCUUGUUAAUUUAUAGGCACAUUUGUAGUAAUUUAUAUGUCUAUCGAGUAAGUAUAAGAGAUAAUUCAUUAGUAAUAGGAAUUAACUGACCCCUUUUGGACAGGGGAGAGCAUCAGGCUGGGGUCAGGUAAGUGUAAAUGGCCUUCUGAGCAUGCUCUUCUAGGCUGACUCCCAGCCCUGACAUGAAACCAUUAGCGCUAACUUGCUCUGUUUUGAGAAAAACUUUCCAACCUUUUGCAUGAGAAACUAGAAAAAGGAAUGUACGCCACGUAACUGGAUUACAGAAAUGAGUUAAUAGACUCUGUGAUAAAAGAAAUAUAUGAAGUAUUUUCUUAUUGAAUUAAUAUUUUUGUCUUGAAGCAUUUUCUAGUGAUAGAAUGUAUUUGUCUUUUUUCCUGGUGGUACCCUCUUAGCAUAUAUCUUUGCUAUCCUUAAGAUCCUAAACAAAUCAUCUUUGUCAGUUAAAAGUAUAGUUGUGCAAAAAUUGUUAAAUCCUUUGUCUUUAUUAAAGAAAAAUUUGAGUAACAUUAA